AUGUGGGCCCUUGCUUCCGGAAUCCACCCUCCUCCUCACUGGCUGCUGGUUCUGCUGUUGGGACUCACAGGUGUGGCCGGUGAGGCAGGGCUGCAGGUGAUCCAGCCUGACAAGUCAGUAUCUGUUGCAGCCGGACAGACAGUCACUCUGCGCUGCACCCUGACCUCCCUGCUCCCCACAGGGCCGGUUCAGUGGCUCAGGGGGACAGGGACAGGCCGGGAGUUAAUCUUCAGUUUCAAAGGAGGCCACUUCCCCCGAGUAACAAAUGCUUCAGACGUCACAAGGAGAAACAACACGGACUUUUCCAUCCGCAUCAGUAACAUCAACCCAGCAGACGCCGGAACCUACUACUGUGUGAAGUUCCAGAAAGGGAGCCCUGAUGAUGUGGAGUUUCAGUCUGGACCAGGCACUCUGGUCACUGUGAGUGCCAAACCAUCUCCCCCAGUGGUGUCAGGCCCCUUGGCCAGGGCCUCGCCGGAGCAGACAGUGAACUUCACCUGCAAGUCCCACGGCUUCUCCCCCAGAAACAUCACCCUGAGAUGGUUCAGAAACGGGAAUGAGCUGGCAGCCUCCCAGACCAGCGUGGACCCAGAGGGAAACAGAACUUCCUACAACAUCUCCAGCACAACCAGGCUGGUGCUGGCCCCGGGGGACGUUCGCUCCCAAGUCAUCUGUGAGGUGACCCAUGUGACCUUGCAAGGGGGCCCUCCUCUUCGUGGGAUUGCCAACCUGUCUGAGGUCCUCCGAGUUCCACCCACCUUGGUGGUUUCCCAGCAGACCGUGUCAGGGGACCAGGUGAAGGUCACUUGCCAAGUGAAGAAGUUCUACCCCCAGCACCUCCAGCUGACCUGGUUGGAGAAUGGCAACGUGUCCCGAACAGAAAUGGCCUCAAGGGCCUCAAACCUUGUAGAGAACAAGGAUGGGACCUUUAACUGGACAAGCUGGCUCCUGGUGAACUCAUCUGCCCACAGGGAAGGCAUGGUGUUCACCUGCCUGGUGCAGCAUGACGGGCAGCCCGCGGUCACCAGAAACCAUACCCUUGUGGCCUCAGCCCACCAGAAGGACCAGGAAACCCAUAAAACCCAGGAGUCAAGGCCAUCCACUCCAAUCCUGAUAGCUGUCACCCUGGGCCCGAAGCUGCUGCUGCUCAUCACUAUCUCUGCCAUCUAUGUCCACAAGAAGCGAGCGCCCAAUUGUGUCCCAGGAGGAAAAAUAGCCCUGAGGACAUAA